UGCUGCUUUUACUGUUCAAUGAAGUGGCGCUCUGUUUGUAAUGACACUUUUUUUUUACUUCAGUAAAACAGAAGAAACAUUAUUGAUAACAUGACUGCAUAAUUACUCAAUAAUGGAAGUGUUGUGUUGUGUUAAACAAAGUAAAAUUCAGAGAAAUUUGCAAUAUAUGUUCCCCAGUACUUGUGUUAUAUUUUCUCAUAAAGUAGUGAAUCUUAAUAUGAUCAGAGACAAUGGGAAGGAUUUGCAUCAGGAGAGGGUGUUAAUGAAGGAUGCUAGUGUUGUGUAUUGAAUUAUCUGGGAUAGUGUUUAAUGUUCCUGGUCAGAAAAAAAACGAUUUUUCACCAACCAUUUUCUGGGAGAUAUAUCUGACGAGCAACGUGGAGCAAUAGUUACUCAUUAAUAGGACUAGUGAGGAGAUGGAUAGUAUUCCAAUGUCAUAUCUGAGAGUACAAAUAGUACUCCGUGAAUGAACCCAGACGGAAAUGCAGUGAUGGAGUACUCUAAUAGUACCGCAGAUUUUAUAUUUCCUUGGUACUUAAUAGAAAAUUACACCAAUGGCUCCCUCUCCUUGGAGCCCGAGAGUGAGCACGGAGUCUGGCGGGACAUCCCCCUGGGGCUGGUGCUUAGUCUGCUGUCACUGCUCACCUUCAUAGGCAACGCCAUGGUGUUACACGCCGUACGUACGGAGAGGCGGCUACAAACGGUCAGCAACAUGUACAUCGUGAGUCUGGCCAUGGCUGACCUAAUUGUAGGAAUCAUUGUGAUGCCAAUAAGUACUGUGUAUAUUUUCACAAAGAACUGGAUAUUCGGGGUCGCUAUUUGUCAAAUCUGGAUCGCCGUGGAUUAUACGGCAAGCACAGCCUCCAUCCUUAAUCUGUUCAUACUCAGUGUGGACAGGUAUUGGUCUGUGACGUCACCAUUACGUUACCUGCGAAAACGAACAAAGAAAAGGGCGCUGAUAAUGAUCUCCGUGGUGUGGAUGAUUUCCUCUCUGUGGAUUAUUCCUAUUGUGGGGUGGCACCAUUUUGCCCACGACGGUGUCCGAUCUGUUCCAUCCAACGUGUGUGAUACAGAGUAUGCUAAAGACUCCGUAUUUAAAGUAGUGACAGCUUUUUUUAAUUUCUAUCUUCCGUUAGCAAUAAUGUACAGUCUCUACGGUAAAGUUUUUCAUGAGAUUAGGAAGAGGUCGGCAUUAGAGCUGGGUCAGCAGUACCCGACAACGGCUAAUCCGAUGACGUAUAAUUACGAGGGGGACUCGCACCUCGGAGGGAGCAGUAGUUAUAGCGAACCGCGGGUCGAUACCUUCACCGAUCAACAUUCUAACAGGAUUGAAGAUGCUAAUCUUCUAACAUCUGUGAAAAAUGGCUCAUGUCAAAGAAACAAGAAAGUGAAGAUGAAAAGCAGCAAUUGUCUUGUUUUAAAAUCAAAUAAAAUUUUACUUACAACAAACGGUAGUUCAGAUCGACCAAGAAUGGCCCAGAGAUGCAGGGUCGAAUAUAUCUACGAUGAAAAUGUGCUUGAUCAAAAGACGGAAAAGUUAGAACGAUUCUACUACGAAGAAAACAUUCCACUUUCGGUUGUUCGAUCAAUAGACCAUGUCAAUUCGAAUUUCUGUAAUGACUAUUUAGCAAAUCCAUCAAAUUCAAGCAGCGAUGAAAGGUAUCAAAGUAAUGUAAAUUUAAAAUCGAACAGAAAACUACAAAAAUGCAAUAAUACAUACGGGUUAACGAACGGUAUUGAAAAGCUCCGCCAAACGGAGACCAUUUUGGACACCACCCUGACUGCCAAUGGAGGAAAUGAAAACGACGCUGGUAACAAUGAUGGAAGUGUCUGUUUAUUUGCUAAUGUGACCUCCCGUCGGAUAUCAAAUAUGUUCAACAUAAAACACCGCAUUAAAAAUUUUCGCCAAAGUUCAUCAUUGACAAGAGAGAUUAAGGCCGCCCGUCAACUUGGGGUGAUAAUGGGAGCCUUCACUUUAUGCUUUUUACCCUAUUUCACGUUGUUCCUAGUGGUAGCGUUUUGUGACAGUUGUGUGGAUACAGAGCUAAUGACAGCCAUGACCUGGAUAGGUUACCUUAACUCAACAUUAAACCCUUUCUUGUAUCCUUUAUGUAACAUGAACUUCCGGCGGAAAUUUAGAAAAAUGUUGCACAUUGAUGGCAAUAUUAAACGCCGAUCACGACAUGCCGUAGAUAGGAAUAGCCUUACAAUGAGAUAUGAUUGACGUCUAAUGUCGUAAAAUAAUGGUGUUGUUUAAUUUAAUGUUUUAUCAACUGUUGCAUUGCUACAAUUGUGUUCCAUUAAAUAAAUGUAUCUCAUAAAUGGAUAGGCUGACCUGUAUCUGUUAUCCAGAAUGAAGAGAUGGCAUUGGUUUAAAACGACAAGGAAUGCCAUUCAAUUGUCAUAAUUGAUGCUUCCUCUGUCGUUAUCUCUGACAGCAGCUUAUUACCUAGUACUAUCUAUUCCAAAAUCGACGUAAUUAAAUGGGGUGGGUUAUUUUGUUGUUGACUUUGCACAAAAUUUAUUCAGUAUGUCAUGUAUAUUGCAUUCUUUGACUUUCUGAACGGGACAUGGUCGUGAUUUUCUGUUAAAA